GCGCAUGCUCGGCCCCGGGCUCGGCCUGCCGAGGAAUGUUGGGCUCCCGGCGGCCCGUAGUUUCCCCGGCAACCGGCAGGAAGCCUGGCUACGCGUGGGGCUGCCCGCCGCCGGGUCACGGGUGGGUCGGGCCGGGCCUUGGGGCUCUGAAAAGGGGGGAUCGCGGAAAACGAGAGAUUGCUGCUGCUCCUUUUCUCUGCCCCAGCUGCGCUCCGGGAGAGGGUUCAUUCAGCGGGGUAGUAAUGUUCUAAAAAUGUCAUCAGGCGCCCAGAUAAAAACAAAGACUGCAGCACAGAAGAGCAAGACAUCCUCUCCUUUGCCAUGUUCUCCAGAACCUGCAGUUAAGCCACAGCCAAAGCCCAGUGACAAGUUGAAUCCCAAAACUAUUGAUCCAUUUGCUGCUCCUUCUAGAACACCUUCUGCGUUUGCUGCUACAUAUGCUAAAGGUGGCAUUCCAUGCAGGUUAAUGCAUGGAUCAGUAAAGCACAGACUGCACUGGGAGUGCCCUCUUGAAACAGUUCCUUUUGAUCCUCUUCUUGUUACUCUGGCAGAGGGUCUGAGAGAGACAAAGCAUCCCUAUACGUUUGUUUCAAAGGAGGGUUUUAAGGAAUUACUUCUGGUUGAAGGUGCUACUGAAAAAGCCAUUCCCCUGUUGCCUCGUCUAGUUCCUGUGUUAAAGACUGCAUUGGCCCAUUCAGAUGAUGAAGUAUUUGAAAGGGGAUUAGACGCUUUAGUUCAACUGAGUGCUGUUGUUGGCCCAUCUCUUAACGACCAUCUUAAGCAUCUGCUCACAAAUCUUUCAAGGAGAUUGAUGGACAAGAAAUUUAGAGAAAAAAUCACUGUUGCUUUACAAAAGUUGGAGCAAUAUGGUGGAAAGGCAACAGUGACUAUCAUCAAAUCAAAAAUUCCAACCUAUUGUUCUGUAUUCCCCUGAGCAAAAAAUCCAUAGUGAUUUGUGAGGUCAAGCCUGAAGAUAAACUGCCUGUGAACAUCACUUUGUGAUUCCUUCCAAGAGACACAAACUGAUCCAGGAGUAAUAUAUUUUGAAUAGAAACUCUAAACUAUGCUUCACAGAUUCAGAACAAGCAUUGGGAACUUCCACCCAGAAAUUCAGAAAUUCUAUGGAGAUACUCAUUCACCCAUCCAUGAUGCCAGCCAUCAGUGUAAUUGCUUAAGCAUGACUUAGCAGAUCCUGUGUCCCUAGUCCUGGGGAGUCCUUGACAGCACUUGAUGAAGUUGCGGGAUGACACUGGCAGAUCACAAUUGCUGUGUGAUUGCUUGAUCACUCUAAGGCUUAAAAUGUUACUCAACAUCAUUCCUAUUGCUCAGGUGAUAUGAGCAGUUUCAAUUAUACAUUCUGUGGUGCCUGUUUUUUUAUUAUGUGAACAUUUGUGGCGCACAUCUACAUGUAUGAUGUUUUAACAUGGGGACAUAUGAACACAUUGCCAAAACUGAAAAGAAGCUAAAGAUUUAUAGUAAUCUAUUGGAUUCUGGUUUUCUUAGGGACUCUUCUUCCUGUGUUUUCCCAAAGUUAAAUAAAGAGAAAGAAAAAGCAUAUUUUCAUUCCAAAAAGUACAGUACCACUGUCAGCUCUGAGUACUGUUGCCACUGCUGCCGACAAGCCACAGGAUUUGCAGAGUUUGCUGCAAGACCAAGGCCAGGGGGGCUCAUGCUGCACGGGCUCCUCUUGACCUGCCUGCAGCUUUGUCUUUGUUUUCCCUAGUGCAGCUGUGACAGCUGUUUCUCUGAUCAGUCAGGUUUCUGAGGCUGAUUGGUAUCAUUUUUGUGGUGCAACUCUAGAAACACACAGUUAUUCUAGGCUGCAAUGGCGUGGGUAGUAUAGGAGGGGACAGGGCACAGGCUGGAACUGGAGAACCUACAGCCAUAAUGGACUCAUCUGAAGCCAGGUGAAGAAACACAGAUGUGGAGCUGGACAAGAGUGGUAUGAGGGGUAGCAAGAAACAAAGAAAUAGUAAAAGACAGCAUAUAAUAAAUUUAAUACAGAGCUGAAAACCAGCUGAGAAAGGCACACGAAUGAUCCCAAGUGAAUCCUAGAACAAAGACUGAAAAAGCACCAACAAAAGCAUCAUAUUCCUUGUGGGAGAAUUCUGCAUCCUGAUUCCUCCCUUCCUCACACAAAUGAUGCCACUCCUCUAAAGGCCCAGAGGAGCAGUGAACAGUUCAUGAAAAGAAAGAGCUAUGAACAGUCCCAUGGUAGCAUGCAAAUCUCAAGAGUUGUGGGAAAAGAUGAAGAGGCAGGACUGAAGAGCAGUAAGAAAAUAGGAAGAGGGAGGACUGAAUGGUAAAGGUAAGCAAAAGAAAAUAGGGGAAAACUAUUCAAACUAAAAGAUAAUCUGAGUUUUGAGGCAAAAGAAAAAGUUAAAUGUUUUGUGUUGCCUUUAUUGUACUGAAAGAUAAUGAAGAAAAAGAAAUUAAUGAAGGCCCUGGAAGCCGUUGCACUGACAUUAAGCAUAGCAAAAAAAAGCCCUGGUUUAUGUAAAGAAACUCCAUGAAAGUCAAGGGAGAUCUCCCACUGAUACUAGAUUUUAAUUUGACCCACAAGCCUAGUGCCCCCUACAGAUUUCAAUCCUACUGUGAAAGGUUUUGUAGAGUGAAAGAGAAUGGAAAAGACUGCGUAGGAAAUUUGAAAGGAAAUAACCUACUUCAAAGAUACCCAAAUACAUGUGGUAACUUCUUAACAGGAGGUUGACUUCAUGUAGAUGUUGCAUUUCAUUCAGAAACUUAUACUUUUAAAUAUGUCCAAUAAGUACCCCAUGAGUUUAGACAGUCUGAGACAACAGUCUCUUAAUUUGAAUAGCGUCUUUUGUCAGACUUAGAAGUAAACAGACAUUACCACUACGCAUUGUUGUACCAAUGAGGGCUGCUAAGUACUCACCUCCCUGUGGAAAGAACUGAGAGUAAAUCUCUUUGAAGGUCUCUUCAUUGACAACACCACUGGGACAUUCCUGGAAAAAGUUAGAGGCAAUAAAUAAAUAAUGUGGAAUCUGUUUCAAGCAAGCCCUGUGUUAAAAGACUACAUAGAACACGUAUGAUCCUGAGAGUUUAACACACUGCAAGAGCAUCUGCAUUUGCAGUUCAGUCUCACGAUCAGAAUAUGAAGUCAUAGUGUACCUAACGAGUUAUAGUUAAUGUAUUCAAAAAACUCCACCUCAGAAGGUCUUUCUCAAGCCUUGCAGAUCCUUCUGCCUCUUUACAUCUUGUUUAUAAACUGAAAUAUGUAAGGAAGAACAAGCAGAAUGUGUCACAGCAGGGCGUAGUCAGAGAAAACAAAGGGAAACAAAAGGGAAGAAAAGAGGAUUAGAGCAGAGACCUUAUAAAAAUGACUUAUGUAAAGAGGUAGGAAAAACAAGGAAUAGAAUAUCAAUUACUAAGUCGUGCAGUAAAAAUCAGAGGCAAACUGUGGAGUCAAGUCCCAAACUUUCCAGACUGAGCAGAUGAUUUCAGACAAUGCACAUAAUUUCCUUUUGCCUUAAUUCCUUCUUCAAUACAGUAGGUGAAAAAAAGCCUGGCAAGCUCUGUAAGACAAAAGUAUGUCUGGAAACAAAGGAAGGGAAGAAAAGUCAAACAGUUAAGGUUCAUAUAUAUAUAUGUAUGUAUAUAUAUUUGUCCACUGCUAUGCUAUUCCCACUCAUAUGUGAUCCUAUCCUGGAGUACUGGGCAAGGGAAAUAGCUUCAUAUAAAGAUAAAGAACAGUGUAACAUCGUUUGCCAGUGUAAUUGCAGCUCUUCCCGUGACAAAUGACAUUUCUAUUAGAUCAAAUAAGGAACAAGAAGAUAUUCAUAGCUUUGACAGCUUAUGUGAAGAAACAAAUAGUGUCAUCUCACUAACUGAGAGAUGAUGCACUGCCUGAAAAAACCACAUCAGAUCUGUAGAUGUUGGAUUAUUUUGACUGAUGUCACCCUCAACCGAAAUUUUGAUUUAUGUCACUUGCUCUCAGCCAAAAUCAGACCUUAAGUUCCUGAUAAGUAGGAGCAUGCAAACACAUAGUAAGAAACAAUUCUAUUUGAUCAGAACAGGUAGACGAAGGGCAGGCAUGGAGACAUAAGUACAAAACUGUUUGUGUAUGGCCACAGAGGCUGUCACUGAUGGAAGCAGAAUGAAAGCACAGGUAAUGAAUAACUUCUUGAAUUUAUCUAGGUUUGCCCUCUGUAUUUACCUCUUCUCUUUGUCACAGCGUUGCCAGUAACAGCUUACAUUUUCCAUCCACGGAAUGUAAUUAAUUUAAAACCUGAAAUGUUGGCCAAUUACCCUUAGAAAAAACAGCUAGUUUAAAACUUUUCUUUUUUUAGCUUGGACCUUUCUUCUGAGACUCUACAAGACUGCAAACAGCUUUUCCUUGUGCAAUCUGAAUCUGAAUACAUACCUAGUGAACAUCAUUUAUCUCCAAUAACAUUCUUUUCCUGACUCAUAAAUCUGGCAUUAUUGCAUUUAUCAAGAGAUUUCUCCAUUUCUGUAAAAAGCAUUUAAUAUUGUAAUUGUUAAGUAUUCCCCAUGGCUUUAUAUCAAGUUAUUGCUAACUUCUUCCAUUGUACCAACUAAUUUAAAAAAAAAAUGUUUCUAAUUUUUCAUUUAACUCUUACGAAGCAAUAUAAUUAAAUAGUUUGAAAGAAAAACAUUAGACAUUUAAACCAUUUUCUAUAUUCUUUUUUUUUUCCUCCAUAUAUGUAUAAUUUAUUUCGUUACAGAAAAUUUGUUUUACAGUCCUUUAAAAUUGCAUUAAAUUGCAUUAUGUGUUCCUUCUGGAAGAAAAGGAAAGGAGCAUAAAUUCAUCUUGAACUGUUCUUCCUGAGUCCAGUCCUCUCUUCUUUAAAGAGAAAAUAAGAUAAACUGACAGAAAGAAGAGAUAGAGAAUAAUAAAUAUGAUUCUGCCUUUUGAUGGUCUCUCCUGCUUGCUGUUUUACUGCUGGGAAAUUACACCUCCAGCACACGCUCUUAUGAACUACUCCAAAAUCUGUAAAUUAUUUACAAGCUUCAUGCCAUCUAAGCUGUCUUUUUUUUUAAAGUAUUUCUAAGAAUAUUGCACUGGGCAGAUUUAUCUCUACCACUUAAUCAACACCCAUUUUAGACAAGAGACAAAAAAGAAGAAACGGUGAAGUGCAGAAAAGGGAAUAAAGCAGGAAAAAACACUAAGCUCAUAAAUUUGCCUGUAUAAUAAACAUUUUUUAAUGCUGGAUUAAGUUGUAUAACAAACUUUAGCAAUAAAAAUUUUAAAAUAUAUUUUACUUACAGGCUUUUGCAUGUCAACUUUCCCAUCCAAUUUUGUUCUGCUUAAUUUCAGAUAUAUGUUCAUGUCUAUCAACUUAAUUGUCUCUGACUAACAAUAUUCUCUUGUUUUGCAUACACUUCUAUUCUGACUGAAAACUUAAAAGUACCAUGAAUGCAUAAUGUAAUGAAAAUCAUACACAUAAUUCUGAAAUAUUCUUUAAAGUUGAUUCUAACAAAACCCCCACAGCUCAAGCCCACAGUGGCUUUUCAUAGUCUGGUCCAGUUCUUAAUUUUUCAUUUGAAUAUAUCAGGACUUUGACAAAAUCAGCAUGAGAACAUAAAAAAUUGCCUUCAUUUAAUAACAUAAUCUAGGCCAAAUUAAUAAUGAAAUCCAGGCCAACAUUCACCUCAUGAAGUUCAACCAGAAUUGCAACGCUCUGCAUCUGGAAAGAAAUUGUCCCUUGCACCAAAACAAGCUGUGAAGAGAUUGGCAGAAUGGCAGCACUGCCAAAAAGGACAUGGGGUGACAGUGGAUGUCAAGUUGAGUAUGAGUCAACAAGGCAUUCUUACUGCAAAUAAACCACCUCCUGAGCCAUGGCCCAUUAUUGUCUCUCCUUGUUUGUCAGAGUACUCCUCCCAGGGAUGUGCAAAAUCUGAGGAGGGCUCAGCAGCAGGGAUGGAAGGCAUGUGGUCAGUGAGGAGAGGUGGAGAGCUUGGGGCUUGUUUCAUGUAGGUCCAUGCUAAGUGAUGAGCCAGCAGCAGCCUACCUGAAGAGCAGUAAUAGCCAAGCCCUUGGUUGGGGCAGACAGUUUAACAAAAUUCAGUGGCCACAGCCUGAUUUUUGUGAGCUAACAUUGGACAGAUGGGAAAAGUUAUUCUAGACUUCUUGGCACACUGAAUUCAGAUAUGUUUGAGAUAACCCCUAAUUUUAGGGAGAAUUUGUGCUGUUGAUCAGCUUUGGAAAGUUGUUCCAUUGUGUGUAUAGGGCAGAGCUUUUCUAUACACUCCUUGCUUCCAAAGCUGCAUCUCUGCAAAUUCAUUGUCUGAGGUUUUUAGUACUGUAUAAAUUAUUGGGAACAAGCCCACUGACACUUAGUUCAUAAAUUGCUCUUGUCUUGUUCCUUCUGCGAAAUAAAAUGUGUUCCAAAAGCAGCACAUAUGAGGAACAAAGGUACAAACCGUGCCUCUAAGGACAAGACAGGGACUUUGGUGAGAGAUGUCUAACAUGGUCUCAUUAUGCCUUGGAAGGAGAAAAACAGAUAAUGUCUCUCUGGAAGGGCCCUGUCACAUCCUGACAUGCAGGCUGACACAUUGCCAUUAACAGUACAGGCAUACUAAAGGCUUUUGCUAAAAUGAAUGUGUAUGUCAGCUGUUGUUCUUCAGCAGCUGAGCCAAACAGGUAUUUGUAGCACAGAUAUGACCCUUAUAAAUCUUAGCAACUGCAACAUUCAAAACCUAACUCUGAAUCUCUGAAACUCAACAGCUUCUACAUGUUUUGCCAACUCACAUCAGAUAAUAGCGUUCUGCUGCUCAGUUAAUGGCUCUGUAGCCAUGGGCCCUUAUGGAAAAAAAGCUGUAAUCUCAGCAGCCAGGAGGGUGAGUGGUGACAAAAGCACUAUGGUGGGUGUGGGAGGAUGAAAAUAAUAUAAAAAAGUUAUCUCAAACAAGCAGUGACAUGCUUAAAAAAUGGUUUUGAGUUCGUUGAAAAAACUAAUGUGAUUCUAAUUGCGGUGGUGAUUAGGCUGAUGGAUCAUUAAAACUGUAUGUAUCCCAUGUUUAGAUGGGGUAAUUGGCUGAGCUGGGGAGGUAGAUUUAUAGUGCAUGAAGUUAUAGUUGUAGAAUAAAAAUAAAAAUUACAAGUGACAAAAUGCAACAAUGGCAUCACGAUGAUAAUUUCCAUCUCAAGGUUCCCAAGUGUUUAAUUUUCCUUCCUACAGCUGCAAAUCCACAACAGCUUGUUUCAAAUGGCUCCUUGGAAUGCCUGCUGAUUAUUGUAAUAUCACUGUUUACCUCCAACACAGGGUGACCAAAGGUGUUUGUUUGUUUUUCCCCAGAUGCACCAGCUCCUCUGGAGCUGUCCCUGCUCACUUCUGUUUAUAUUUUAUAUGCAUUUUGCUCCUGGCUGUAUGCCGAAUUCUGUUAGCUUGAGCAGACCCACGAAGGAGGGUAUUAUAUUUAAUAAAUGCAUAUAACUCAAUAUGUAGUACAUUCAUUUAUAUUCCAUCUAUCACUACUGAUUUUACUGGGGAAUAUCUUUAGUAUUAAAAAUAUGUUUACCGGUACCAAUCAGGCUAAGUUCAAGUUUUGACCACUGCUAGAACUGGAUGCUGUGAAUAAGUGUGUAACUUACUGUAUUCUAAACAAAACAAAACAGGUAAUUUUGUAACUCAUUUCUGUACACUAAAAAAAUAAAUCUAACUCAACCUUGA